AAGCCGCGGAGGUGUUUCUUCUUCCCUCUUUCUAAUGUCGCCCACGCUCUGGAGUCUUCAGAGAUCAGGCAAAUAAGAGGGACACUCACAUUAGUAAGUUGUUUUUUAAUCCCAGGUUGGUCGUUCCACUGCAAGGUAACUUUAGGACCACGCCAAAAAAAACCAAAAAAACAACCGUUCUUUCUCAGUCUUCCGUUUCCGGUUGGCUUGUUGCUGUGGAAACCAGCACACAUUCUCGGCGGCGGUUAUGGCGGGGCUGGGCGGUGCGCAGAUCCCCGACGGGGAAUUCACCACUGUCGUGUACCGCCUCAUCCGGGAUGCCCGCUACGCCGAGGCCGUGCAGCUGCUGGGCGGAGAGCUCCAGGGGAGCCCCAAGAGCCGCGCCGGCUUGUCGCUGCUGGGCUACUGCUACUACCGCCUACAGGAGUUCGCGCUGGCGGCCGAGUGCUAUGAGCAGCUGGGCCAGCUGCACCCAGAGCUGGAGCAGUACCGCCUGUACCAGGCCCAGGCCCUGUACAAGGCCUGCCUUUACCCGGAGGCCACCCGCGUGGCCUUCCUCCUGCUGGACAACCCCGCCUACCACAGCCGGGUCCUCCGUCUCCUAGCGGCGAUCAAGUACAGCGAGGGCGAUCUGCCAGGGGCCAGGAGUCUGGUGGAGCAGCUCCUGAGUGGGGAAGGGGGAGAAGACAGUGGGGGCGAGAACGAGCUGGAUGGCCAGGUCAACCUGGGGUGUUUACUCUACAAGGAGGGACACUACGAGGCUGCAUGUUCCAAGUUCUUUGCAGCCUUACAGGCUUCAGGCUACCGGCCUGACCUUUCCUACAACCUGGCUUUGGCCUAUUACAGCAGCAGGCACUAUGCCCCGGCACUGAAGCACAUCGCCGACAUUAUUGAGCAUGGCAUCCGUCAGCACCCAGAGCUGGGUGUGGGCAUGACGACCGAGGGCAUUGAUGUUCGAAGUGUGGGCAACACCUUAGUUCUUCACCAGACUGCUCUGGUGGAAGCCUUCAACCUCAAGGCCGCCAUAGAAUUCCAGCUGAGAAACUAUGAGGCGGCCCAGGAAGCCCUCACUGACAUGCCACCUAGGGCAGAGGAAGAGUUAGACCCUGUGACCUUGCACAACCAGGCGCUCAUGAACAUGGAUACCAGGCCUACAGAAGGGUUUGAAAAGCUACAGUUUUUGCUCCAGCAGAAUCCUUUUCCUCCAGAGACCUUUGGCAACCUGCUGCUGCUCUACUGUAAAUAUGAGUAUUUUGCUCUGGCCGCAGGUCUGGCAGAGAAUGCCCAUUUGACCUACAAGUUCCUCACACCCUAUCUCUAUGACUUCUUGGAUGCCGUGAUCACUUGCCAGACAGCUCCUGAAGAGGCUUUUAUCAAGCUUGAUGGGCUGGCAGGGGUGCUGACUGAACAGCUCCGGAGACUCACCAUACAGGUGCAGGAAGCAAGACACAAUAGAGAUGAUGAAGCUGUCAAAAAGGCAGUGAAUGAAUAUGAUGACGCUCUUGAGAAGUAUAUUCCUGUGUUAAUGGCCCAGGCCAAAAUCUACUGGAACCUUGAAAAUUACCCAAUGGUGGAAAAGAUCUUCCGCAAAUCUGUGGAAUUCUGUAAUGACCAUGACGUGUGGAAGCUGAAUGUGGCUCAUGUUCUGUUCAUGCAGGAAAACAAAUACAAAGAAGCCAUAGGUUUUUAUGAGCCCAUCGUCAAGAAGCACUAUGACAACAUCCUGAAUGUCAGUGCUAUUGUAUUGGCUAACCUGUGUGUGUCUUAUAUCAUGACAAGUCAAAAUGAAGAAGCUGAGGAGCUGAUGAGGAAGAUUGAAAAAGAGGAGGAGCAGCUCUCUCAUGAUGACCCCGAUAAGAAAAUCUACCAUCUCUGCAUUGUGAAUUUGGUGAUCGGGACGCUUUAUUGUGCCAAAGGAAAUUAUGACUUUGGUAUUUCUCGAGUUAUCAAAAGCUUGGAGCCUUAUAAUAAAAAACUGGGAACUGAUACCUGGUAUUAUGCCAAAAGAUGCUUCCUCUCAUUAUUAGAGAACAUGUCAAAACACACGCUCAUGCUUCGUGACAGUGUCAUUCAAGAAUGUGUCCAGUUUUUAGAACACUGUGAACUUUAUGGCAGGAACAUACCUGCCAUUAUUGAACAACCCCUGGAAGAAGAAAGAAUGCACAUUGGAAAGAAUACGGUCACAUAUGAAUCCAGACAAUUAAAAGCCUUGAUUUAUGAGAUUAUAGGAUGGAAUAUGUAGUAAUAUCUGAUAGUGGCUUCUAAUGGCUUUAUAUCUAUGGUUUUCACUCUGUUUUAUCUGUAGUUAGCUCUUAUAAUCUUUACAUUUGUUACAUGUUGAACUUUGUACACUUUAAAAUUAUAAUCAUUUUUUAAAAAAUCUUUACAAAGUCAAACAUAAGAACUUUUACACCUAGAGAGAUUUAUGAAAAAUUCAAAACUGCAUGGGGACAAUGUCUUAGAACUUGUUAGCACCUAUGUUCUCUCUCCUCUGCUGUUAUUUGUGCUUUGUUUAUUUUUUAGAGUCCUUGAACAAGGAUUAUGUUAUUCAGGGACUUAGUACUAUGAAGCCCAGAACUCAGUAGUUAAGGUAUUGUAUUUCUAGGCUUUUAAUAACGAUCUCAGGGAUUGUGUGUCUUUUCGCACAAUCUACCCUCAUAAGUUAUUGAUUUGUAAUGAGUAUAUAUUUUAGGGCUUAGGAAGUUUUGUAGAGCUUUUCAGUGUAAAUGUAAUGCUUUUUGUAAUCAAAAUAUCUUACAUUAUAUGUUUAUUUAUUUUUAAUGUACAAGAAUCAGUAGGAAAUCUUGUACCCUGAACAAGAUUAUGGUGCUGUGGUAUAGAGACAAUAAACAAUUGUCAAAACAAAAAUUUUA